AUGGACAGCGAUGACUCGAGACCAGGAUCGUCGGCAUCGAACAGCUCCGAUUCGGAGCAAGCGGCGAGCCCUUCCGGCAAGGAGCAAGAAGACGACCAGUCCGACGGAUCCGGUUCGGGAUCGGGUUCCGAAUCACCUUCGUCCCACGCGGGUGAUACCGGUGGUGGUGAGGACGGUCCCGAUGAACCGCACCGGGUGAUGGAAUCGCGCUCGCGAUCACAUUCGCGAUCAAACUCCGCCUGCAGCGAGACGUUUGAUAACGGCAAACAGGAUUCCCUCUCUAGCCCGCCGAAAACGUUCGAUCCUGCAAAUUCACCGUCGCUCCCGAGCGCGGAAAACUCGCCUAAUUCGCACCAGAAAUCGGCCACUUCCUCACCGAACAAUCGCUCCAGCCGGAGUCCGAGUGUCGGUUCGCAGGGUGAGGAGAAAUCCCCAUCGCCGGAUGGAGCCAAUCACUACCACCACGGCAGCGAGCGGUACAAUCGUUCGAUGUCGAAAGAAUCGAAUCAUUCGGACAACAGCUCGAGCAAGGGCCACCAUCGCCGUGGAAGUCUGGGCAGUCCGAAUCGCCACCAGCGCUCACUGUCACGCAAUUCGUCCACAUCGAACCUAAGCGAGAAGCUGAAGGGAGAGGAGAUUUCCGACUGCGAAAUGGAAUCGUCGGAUCGGGACGACAAACCGCCGGCCUCACCAGAUGCGUCGGAUCGGGCAGAUGCGGCCUCCACGAUGCUGGUCGGUGCUGGCCAACCGGAUGCUAAGAAUAACGCACUCAACAUGAGUCACGAGGAUCUGAGUGAUGUGAGCUUGGAGAGCGACCCUGAGCCGGAGGAAGACGAAGAACGGGACAGUGAAGCGGACAGCGAGAAGGGCACACACGGUCGGGAUGGUGCAGGGCUCGAGGACGACGAGGAGGAUGAUGAGCACAGCCGCGAACCGGGAACCGCUAGCAUGUCGGGCGCGACAUCUGACCGGGAUGCGGCGAGUGAAACGGGCGAAAUAGAGCGACCUAAAAUCACCGACCUGCGGCAGAAGCUGGAGGAACGCAAAACCCAUCUGCGGAAUAUCGAAACGGAAAAACACACGGUGAACGGUGGCGGAGCGAACGCGAACGGAGCCGGCAGUGGAACGCGAAACCACGACAAACUGCUCGAGGGUAACCUGAUGGACAGCAAGAACGACGAGGAUGCGCUUGAUUUUGAAGCGGAAGAGGGCGAAUGUAACGACGCUCCGAAGGAAAAUGAGAAGGCUGAUGAUGCGGCGGAGAAGGACAAAAAGGAGGAGACGGAGAAAGCGGCCGCCAAAGAAUCGGCAGAUGGUGAGCUGGAGGAGGGCGAAGAGUUGGAGGAAGGUGAAGUGUCGGAUGAAGACGAAAAGCGUCCGGAAGAGACGGAACCGAAACCCGUCUGUCGGUUCUACACGCGCGGCCAGUGCACGUGGGGCAUGAGCUGUCGGUUUUUGCAUCCGGGUGUCACGGAUAAGGGCAACUACACCAUGUUUGACAUGGUACGGCCUGUUCCGGUGACGCAUCAACCAGCUGGAUACGGUGGCCAUCCGGCAGCGCCACUUUACGCAUCCGAUUAUCGGCACGAGCGAGCCGCACUACACCACAUGGCAGCGGCACAUCAUCCGGUGGCUGUUGUGGCUCCAUACCCGGCGUCAGUUGGUCUACCCGCUCCGGCGCGUCCCGUAGAACCGGUGGUGGGUGAGAGUGCCUGGGAGCGAGGCCUCCGUACGGCCAAGGAAAUGAUGCGCAAGGCAAACAAGCGCAAAGAGCAGGACAUCGAUUUCGAUGACAAGAAGAUGAAUCUUUCCCUAUCGCAGGAUGAGCUCGAGAAGGACAAUUACUACACACGGGACCGAGCGUCUCCACCGCUAUCACCGACGUACGCAGGACGAGGCACACAAGGAGCCGGUCCACCGGGUUACGAUUAUCCUGCACCAGCCUCAAAGUUCCCCCGUGGAGGUGGUGGUGGAAUCGCUGCCGCGGGUGGUCCACCUUUCGAGGAGGACGCGUUUGGACGGACACACCGCUACCGGGAGCUACCGUCUCAUCGCAUGCCGCAGUACGAGGAUGAUGAACUAUCAAAGCGAAGGCAUCCGCGUGCCACACGUGAGGUGAUCCUGCAGCGUGCCGACGAGUGGAACGAUCCAUGGAUGCGUUCAAAGUCACCCGGACGGGAGAAACGUGGAGCGCGGCGUGGUGAGCGCAGGUCCUACAGCAACAGCUCCUCGUACAGCAGCUCUAGCAGUAGUUCGCGUUCCGGAUCGAGUUCCGAUUCAAGCCGCUCGCCCAGUCCAACCGCGACCCGGCGCAAUCGCUACGACAGCCACCGGUCAAAGGAUAGCGAUCGGCUAGCGGCUGCUCCACACGUGCGUAAGGUGAUCCGAGCGCGAUCCCCCAGCGUUAGUCCACGGCGUGGACGGAAAGGAUCUCCACCGAUGCCGGUAAAGCGAAUGGACAAACGAGGUCCAUCGCCGGUGGGAGAGAAACGUGUGAUCGAUAAGACGGUGCUGGUGGCCAAACGAAAGAUGACAUCCCCGCUGCACAAAUCGGCCAGCACGAAACAUCGCCGGCGAUCUGCCAGCUCGUCCGGUUCCGGAUCGUCCGAUUCGAGUGAGUCCGGCUCGGAAAGUUCUGGCUCGUCCAGCUCGGACAGUUCCGCCCGUGGCAAGGGUAGACCGACGAAAGGCCGUGCGGCAGAAAAAUCCGCCAAAGCGUCCGGAAUGAGCAAGAAGGACUCGAAGAAGGCCGGUGAUGGCAAGGGAGGCGCGCAAGUUAUUCCACCAUCGAGCGCCGCCAUGGAGAAGGCAAAUGCGGCCGCCGCGAAAAAGUCAUCCCGCCGAGAGGAACUGCUUAAGCAGCUGCGAGCCGUCGAGGAAGCGAUCGCCCGAAAGCGCACCAAAAUAUCCUAAACAUCGUCAUCCCAUCCAUCUCCGUUGGUAGAGCCCGUUGGUUGGCUUCUCGUGCACGGGAUCCAUUUCAUCGUCCUUGCUGCGAAGCAAUGAUAAUCACGCCCACCAUCCCACCCAACCACACACACCCUUCAUGCACACGUACAGCAGCGCUUACACAGCUACCCAUUCCAUAACACGAUGCUGUUGGCUCUCGGUUUGUGGUCAAGGCCAGCUGUUGACGAUAAAAACCACACCCCCGCCGCUGCGGAAGAACUUUUUUUUUUGUAACUAAGCAUCAAUUCGCAGAUAGAAUUUUGUCUCAUUAUUUUUUUUCUUCGCCUUUAUAUUUUGUACGACUAAUGCGUCGCGGGAGAGAAAAUACAAACAGGAAACGUACUUGUACAAGCGGCAGCCGCCCCGUCGCUCCCUGAGCAGUCCGAAAUGGAAGAAUGAAAACACAAAAAAGAGUUAAAGUGAAUGUAUUUAAA